AUGCUGGUGUGUGUCUCGUACAAGCAGGAGCUAACGAACUGGAAUCGCAAUGAGCGACGCGCCGAAUCCAAGGUCCAAUGGCCAAGAGGACCAGCAGGUGCCGAAGAUGGUGAAGACGACAGCGUCGGCCAUGAGGUGUCGGAAGGUGUCAACCGGUCGAGAGGAUCUA